AUGGGAUACACACAUCUGACACCUGAACAGCGAGAGCAGUUCCUUCAAAAUGGAUGGAUUCGUAUCGAAAAUGGCGUCCCAAAGGAGAACAUUGAGCGCUUCCUGGAGAACAUAUGGGUGCGCCUUGGCUUUGAUCCCGACGAUAAGGCGACCUGGUUAAAAGAGAAGAUCCAUAUGCCCAGGCAUCGCGAGAUCUCUACGCCUGAAUUCAUGCCAAAGGCAUGGGGCGCCAUCUGCGAGCUUUUGGGUGGUGAGGACCGGAUCGACCGCACACUUUUUGAGAGUUGCGGAGACAGCCUCAUCGUAAACCUCGGAUGUGAGGAAUGGGAAAAUCGUGAUAUUGAGCCUAAAGACUUGGGAAAUUGGCACAUUGAUGGCGACUGGUUCACUCAUUAUCUGGAUUCUGGCGAGCAAGCUCUUGAGGUUCUCAUUUUGUAUAACGAUAUCAAGCCCAAGGCUGGCGCUACAUGGAUUGCGCCUGAUGGCAUCAAGAAUGCUGUUCGUUAUUUGUAUGAUCAUCCUGAAGGCGUCGAUGAGUUUUCCCAGGAUCCCGAUGGAAGCCGUAGUGUCUGUUCUAUUCAAACGUGCGAUCAGUUCGUCGAGCUCACUGGCAAAGCUGGUGAUGUCAUUCUCAUGCACCCUUUCAUGCCACACUCUGCAUCCAAGAAUCAUCUGCGCAUUCCUCGUUUCAUCACAAAUCCGCCCGUUACCUUGAAGGCACCUUUCAACUUGAACAGGGAGAAUCCGAAAGAAUACUCCCUUAUAGAGCAGAAAAUUCUAAACACUCUCGGCGUGGAAUCGCUUCCCGAUUGGAAGAUCACCGGAGCGCGCCGACGUUACACACCUCGAACACGUGCGGGGAAGGAUUCGAUGAUAAUCCAGGAGGUUGAGAGGUUGAAGACGCAUGCUUUGAGGACCGGUGGCGUGGUCGACAGCAUGCAUAUCAAUGGUCCUGUCCCAUACCAGGUGAUCGUUGGUUGA